UGUACGGCUCCUCUUCCUUCGCUGGCUCACCACACACUUUGCAUCUUUACAUUAUUCCUCCACCGGCCUCUGUCGCCGAUAGCCAGCGCAACGCCCGCCCGACCACCUGCGCAAGCCCCUCCUGCACCAGCCCCCGCGCAGCUCAACGGACCGUGCUGUUGGUAUACCGACAGUCCACACGACCGGCACCCUGACGCAGCGCAUCUGUCGCGAAGCAGUAUAUCUUUGAGCGGUCGCGUCACUCAGCGCAAUGUCUGCGCAGCAGCGAUCGGCCAAGAUGCCUCGCUCUGGCGCUGGAACGGCCUACGGCCAGGUCAUCGAGUACAUCCAAGACCGGCUGUACCUGGCCUCCUUCACCAACCCUCCCAACGCCGACACGCCCUUCAAGUACUUGGAGCGUUCCAGCCAGUCGCCAUCCAAGCGUUCAGCCAAGGCGCAAUCUGGUCCCACCGCUGCGACCAAGCACGUCAACCCUCCCGUGUACUUCACCAUCGACAAGAGUCUCCUGUACAACGCGUUCCACGCUGACUUCGGCCCACUACACAUUGGCCACCUGUACCGCUUUGCGGUUCAGCUGCACGAAGUGCUGGGAGACCCUGCCAACGAGGACCGCGCGGUCAUCUUCUGGAGCAGCGCCGACUCAAGGAGUCGCGCGAACGCGGCGUGCAUUCUGGCCUGCUACAUGGUCCUGAUCCAGUCAUGGCCACCUCAUCUGGCUCUGGCGCCCAUUGCACAGAUGGACCCGCCCUGCAUGCCGUUCCGCGACGCAGGCUACAGCCAGGCUGACUAUGUGCUGAACAUCCAAGACAUCAUCUACGGUGUCUGGAAAGCAAAGGAGGAAGGACUUUGCGGGCUCAAGGACUUCAGCCUCGAAGAAUAUGAAAAGUACGAACGAGUUGACAUGGGUGACUUCAACUGGGUGACGCCCAAUUUUUUGGCGUUCGCAUCGCCCAAUGUGCAGCCAACGCACGAGAUCCCCACAACAUCACCCAUGUAUUCUACCCUGCCAUCCACCAUUGCCGAAGUUCAGCGAUCCGGACUACCUACGCCGUUCAAGAAUGUUUUGUCGCACUUCUGCGCAAGGAACAUCGGCCUCGUGGUGCGCCUAAACUCGGAGCUCUACUCGUCAACCUAUUUCACCAAGUUGGGCAUUCAGCAUCUGAACAUGAUCUUCGACGACGGGACAUGUCCUCCGCUCUCAUUGGUCCGGCAAUUCAUUGACCUUGCGCACGAAAUGAUCACGGUGAAGAAGAAGGGCAUCGCUGUCCACUGCAAAGCUGGUCUUGGGCGUACGGGCUGCCUGAUCGGCGCAUACCUGAUCUACAGGCAUGGGUUCACGGCUAACGAGAUCAUUGCUUACAUGCGUUUCAUGCGGCCGGGAAUGGUUGUUGGUCCUCAGCAGCAUUGGCUACACCUCAACCAGAACACAUUCCGGGAAUGGUGGUACGAGGACACAAUGAAGGCGAGGUAUGCGGAGAAGAUACCUGCGACGCCAACGAGGUCACCGCACAAGCAACGACUAGCUAGCAACGGUCAAACCUUCACUCCUCCCAACGGCUCCUCGAAGCGUGCUGCUCUUGGAGAGAUCGAAUCGAACGAGCGCAGCAAUGCCGGUCACUCAAUAGGCGUUCAAGAAGACAACCUUCCCGCGCCUACACCUGGUCAACCACGAAAGACCAGCAAGUUGUACGGUGGUGGUACCGGCAGGUCACCAAUUCGGAACCAUGAGAAUGAGCCGUUCACCAGGUCUGAGCGGAUCACUCAAAUCAGUCAAUUUGAAGGUGAAUCCGAUGAAGACUUCCACCUCCGCCAAAUCGCACGAAGGACAGCAUCGCGAUCGCCCGUCGCAAAAGAACGCGACCGACGAGCAGUCAGCAUGACGACAACCAAGACGACCAUGACUUCAACAUGGACAACAUCAUAUGGGGAGAGCGAUGCCGAGAACACCGCACCCGCAGGCUCGCACCCCAAGACGCCGUCACGAGAAAAGAGCGGAGCCGGCCACGGCGCCAUCAGUGUCAGCAAAGUGCGCGCCAGCCCGUCACGGCGCAGCGCCGAGAAUAAAAAUGGCGUCCGGAAAACCAGCGGCCGCGUAGGCAGCGUAGGGAGCUCCGUGACGCGCACGCUCAGCGCGAAACCCGCGUAGUCGCGUCGAUCCUCCACUUCUUCUUCGCAUUCGAAAAGUAUGACAUGCGCGUGCUUGUGCAUAUGCAUCUACGGUGUCCUGGCGUGGCAUAACAUCACACGAAUUGGCGUUCACUGGUCUCGCAUUUCUGCUGUCACGAAGUCCUCCUGUCUCGUCGCUCCUCUUCGUCCGUCUGACCGUCUGUUCGGUGCAGCCACCCGGCCGGCUAUAUCUUGGGCGUUUAUCGUGUCGCAGCUCGGUGUAUAUGGGGGCUUUUUUUGCUAGGCGUUCGCUGCUGCUCUCUGGUGUGCUUUUAUUUGGCUGCGGGGGAGUUCUUUUGUGUGAAGCUUUCUUGUUGUGAACAUGCUCAUGACUGUAUGAAUCAAUGAAAGCAGUAGUAUUAAUCCGGG